GCCGCUGCCCUGAGCCGUCUCCUGGGUGACUCAGGGCUCUUGCAAGGCGAGCAGGAAAGGGCUGUUUUUCUUGCCGGACAUCAACACUGGUGGAUCCCCCAGACACCCCAAGCAGAUCUCUCUUGGGCAGCGGGUCUGACGGGAGCCGGACAGCUCAGUGAACCCCAUGGAGGUCAGUGGGAGCCACUAUGGCGAUUAUCAUCGCCUCCCAGACUACGAAGAGGAAGACUCUCCCCCUGAGGAUGAGAAGGAGUUGCUGGUGCACGUCACAGAGGGGCUUAAAGAUUCCUGGCAUCACAUCAAAAACUUGGACAACUUCUUCACCAAAAUCUACCAUUUCCACCAAAAGAACGGCUUUGCCUGCAUGAUGCUCUCUGAUGUCUUUGAGCUGGUGCAGUUUCUGUUUGUGGUCACCUUCACCACCUUCCUGCUGUGCUGUGUGGAGUACGACGUGCUCUUUGCCAACCGGCCUGUCAAUCACACUCGCCAUGGAGGGGGUGCCCUCCCCGAGAGGAACAAGGUGACGCUGCCAGAUGCCAUCCUGCCCACGCCUCAGUGCGCCCAGAGGAUCCGUUCCAGCGGCUGGAUCAUCUUCCUGCUGGUGAUGGCUGCCACCUUCUGGGUCUACCGCCUGGUGAAAGUCCUCUGCAGCCUCUUGGGCUACUGGGAGAUCCGCACCUUCUACACCAAGGCCCUCAAGAUCCCCUCGGACGAGCUGUGCAACUGCAGCUGGCAGGAGGUGCAGGCGCGGCUGAUCUCUCUGCAGCGGGAACAGCCGAUGUGCGUCCACAAGCGGGAGCUGAGCGAGCUGGACAUCCACCACCGCGUCCUGCGCUUCAAGAACUACCUUGUGGCCAUGGUGAACAAGGCGCUGCUGCCCGUGCGCUUCCGCCUGCCGCUGCUGGGCGAGGCCAUCUUCCUGACGCAGGGCCUCAAGUACAACCUGGAGCUGCUCUUCUUCUGGGGGCCAGGCUCCCUCUUCCAGGGCAAGUGGAGCCUGCAGCCCCAGUACAAGCGGGCGGGGGCCCGGCUGGAGCUGGCGCGGCGCCUGGGGCGAGGCAUGGUGCUGCUGGGCCUGGCCAACCUGCUGCUGUGCCCCUUCAUCCUGGUGUGGCAGGUGCUGUACGCCUUCUUCAGCUACACGGAGGUGCUCAAGAGGGAGCCGGGCAGCCUGGGCGCACGCCGCUGGUCCCUCUUUGGCCGCCUCUACCUGCGCCACUUCAACGAGCUGGACCACGAGCUGCAGGCGCGCCUGAGCCGCGGCUACAAGCCCGCCUCCAAGUACAUGAACUCCUUUGCCAGCCCCCUGCUGGCCCUGCUGGCCAGGAACGUCUGCUUCUUCGCAGGCUCCCUCCUGGCCGUCCUCAUCGCCCUCACCGUCUACGACGAGGACGUCCUCACCGUGCAGCACAUCCUCACAGCCAUCACCCUCCUGGGGGUCAUUGUCACCAUCGCCAGGUCCUUCAUCCCGGACGAGCACCUGGUGUGGUGCCCAGAGCAGCUGCUGCAGUGUGUCCUGGCGCACAUUCACUACAUGCCUGACCACUGGCAGGGCAAUGCCCACAAGGCAGAGACGCGGGAGGAGCUGGCCCAGCUCUUUCAGUACAAGGCGGUCUUCAUCCUGGAGGAGCUGCUGAGCCCCAUUGUGACGCCCUUCCUGCUCAUCUUCGCCCUUCGCGCCAAAGCCCUGGACAUCAUCGACUUCUUCCGCAACUUCUCGGUCGAGGUGGUGGGGGUCGGGGACAUCUGCUCCUUUGCCCAGCUGGACAUCCGCAACCAUGGCAACCCGCAGUGGUUGUCCCAGGGCCGGACAGAGGCCUCCGUCUACCAGCAGGCAGAGAACGGCAAGACAGAGCUCUCCCUCGUCCACUUCGCCAUCACCAACCCGCGCUGGCAGCCUCCCCCUGAGAGCUCCCUCUUCAUUGGGCACCUCAAGGAGAAGGUGCAGCAGGAUGCGGCCCACGCGCCACCUGCCCAGCGCCUCUUGGCUGAGGCCCCCCUGGGCGCCUCCUUCCUGUCAGACGAGGGACCCUGCACCGUGCCGGAGGCCCUCUUGGCCAGUGUCCUGGCCCACCCUGUCCUGGCAGCGGGAAGUGGCGGUCUGGCAUCCCAGGCAGAGAGGAGCCGCUUUGGGCAGCCGGGCAGCGCAGCCGGGGCAGCUGCCAGCAUCCUGGCUUCCCUCUCCUGCUCACAGCUGCCCCGGCGGGGCGAGAACGCCGUCUACCAGAGCGACAGCACCCUCCCCGGAGACAGUGUUGCCCCACCUGAGACGCGCCCAGGGCCCCUCAGCCGCUCAGUGCUGCUCUCUGAGUUUGCCUCAGCCGAGAUGAGUCUGCACGCCAUUUACAUGCAUGAGCUUCACCACCAGCAGCAGCAGCAGCAUCAGACGUCGCCACGCUCGCCCUCGCAGCCCCUGGCACAAGCAGCUUCCCCCAGGCCCUCUUCGCAUGUGCGCAGCCAGGAUCUAAUCCUUGGGGGCUGGGAAGAGGAAGAAGAGGAAGAGUCUCAGGCGCAGCAGCAGCAGCAGCAGCAGCAGAGGGAGAAGAGCUAG